CCAGAUCGGCGUGCGAUUGUUCAUGCACACGGUCCCUCGCAGCAUGAGUUCUUCCCCUUGGGGAGCUGUCCAGACGAGUCUCUACACCAGCCCCGUUCAGGAUCUCAUACAAUUGAUUCUUGGGGUGGGGUAUCGAAGUAAACAAUUUCGGCUAUAACUGCAGGCGAUCGUGAUUGGCCGAGAUGUAUAGCUGCUUCAGAUCACGCCGAGCUCUGUGCUGGUAUCUCUUCCACUUUGACCACACUGGGCUCGAUCUGCACUGUCUUGCGGUCCACCUCGUGGGACUCCACAUUGGGAUCGAUGUUCUCGCUGUCGCUGGGCGCUGCUGGUUUGAGAAUGGAUGUCCCGGGGGCCGAUGCCCGAGAGAGAUUAUCUGGGGCCCGCGCGAUAGGGUCUUCGACCUGCGACUCGGAGGCUUCCUGGCUGCGUGUGGUGACCAUACUUGGGGCUUUGGAGUCCCUGCACUGACAUCAUGCAUCGUCCCAAUACAUUUAUGAUGUGAUAUGAUGAGAUGGAUGGAUGUGCGAAAGGGCACCAAGAUGACGUGGUGGAAAGUAGCUAGCCACACGCCUGAGCGGUCUCGACAUCGGCCGGCAGCUUGCAGGUGCACGAUUGUUCUAAAAGGAAUCGGAUAACGAUCCUAGGUCUUGGGAAGGAAGCUUAACCGACAAUAUCAUUGAUCCAUGAUGGGCGCGGGCGUUCCUGACGAAAAGCGUCGCACGAGGGCGGUCUAAGCACAAGGGACAAAACUUUACAGAGUUUCAGAGUGACGGGUUCCGAUAAGAGCGAGUUAGAAUCUGAGCCGCUCGGGUUGCUUACAUCAGAUAGUAUAUGAGGCGAGCAUCAGCAGACAGGUCGGCGUUGUGGCUGUGCACUCCGCUUCGGCCGCGAGGAAGACCUGUGACGAAAUCUGGGUCCUAAACGUCGUCAGAGAGAGAUCCAGGUACUGGACAUCGUCAAGAUCCUGCGAAGGAUAUGAUACAUCCCCGCCUGUGUUCUGCCGUGUGUCGUAUACGAAAGAAUUGGGCUAAUCUUUGGCUCCGGUGGCCCGUGCGCAUCAGAAUCGUGAGAAGGGCUUUUCUCAUUUGCGACGUGUAGUAGUCUUGCGCUCGUUGUUGUUCUCUUCUCGCCGUUUUGUGCGAGUCUUUUUUGAACCCCACGCUCGUUUCCUCAUCCUUUUAUUGAGGCACUUCGUACCCUUCUUUAUUCGCCAUGGACGGAUCCCAAGCAGCCUUCGCGCAGCCUUACUCACCGUAUUCGUUUGAUCUCGAUAUGAUGAAACGCUCGAUGGACGGUGCAAGUGGCCCUGACUCGAAAAAGGCACGGUGGUCGCCGACGGGAACGUCUCCGGGUGCUGCUCGCGACAUGUACGGUGCCAACUACGGCUACAAUGGACAGGCCGCUGGUUCGUUCCAGCAGCCCAGCCCCGCGCAGAGCUUUUCCAACAGUCCCCUGUACUCGACGCCCACGCUUUCGAUCAACACCCAGAAUAUCAACGGUGGCGGACAUGGUCAGAUGAGCCCCAACACCCUCGCUUCUUUCCAGCAAGCCCAGCAGCAGGCGCAACAACAAGCACAACAACAGGCCCAGCAGCAGCAGCAAGCGGCGAGCCCCGUGGUCGGCUCUCCGUACACCCAGUUCACACCGUACAACAUGCUCGCGAUGGGGUCGUUCCCUUACCCUCAGCAGAACGGACAGGCCGGAUUUUCACCUCAACGCCUGCCGUCGCUGACCAUCCCGAACUCCCCGGCCGGCUUAUACAACCCAUCGGCUCUCUCCGGUCUCCUUUCCUCUGGGGGUAACGCUCCCGCUGCCGGCCGCACGGUCUACAUCGGCAACCUCCCGCCGUCGGCAUCGGUCGACGAGCUGCUCAACCUCGUCCAUUUCGGCCCACUCGAAUCCAUCCGCGUUUUGCCGGAGAAGUCAUGCGUCUUCCUGUCCUUCCUAGAUGCAUCGACUGCCGCGGCCUUCUUUGCCGAUGCGACGCUGCGCAAACUCACGCUUCACUCGCAGGAGCUCAAGGUCGGCUGGGGAAAGCCUAGCCCCGUCCCGGCUCAGGUCCUCCAGGCCAUCGCACAAAGCGGUGCCAGCCGGAACGUGUACCUCGGUGGUUUGGAUGAGAAUAUGACCGAAGAGCAGCUCCGAGAUGAUCUCAGCCGAUUCGGUUUGAUCGACCAAGUUAAGAUCGUUCGCGACAAGAACAUCGGAUUUGUACACUUCUUGAGCAUCAGCGUCGCUACCAAGGUUGUCAAUACGCUCCCGACCGACCCGUCCUGGGCCGGCAAGCGGGUCAACUAUGGCAAAGAUCGCUGCGCCUAUGUGCCCAAGUCUCAGCAAGCGGCCGCACACCAGGCCCAAGCGGCGGCUGCGCAGUCCCUGCUGCAAUCUGCCGGUGCCUUUGGCUCACCGAUGGCUACCCACAACCCACCGUUCCCCGCAAGCGGAUCUAUGGGCCCGUUUUCGCCGCUUGUGACGAACGGGAUGAACAGUCUCGCCUAUGGUGGACCCGCAAGCGCCCACCCCUCCAGCAACCCAGGCGCCAACCCCUUUACCGGCGCGGCUGCUACUGCCGACCGUGGGCCAGCGAGUGCGCACCCCGGGAGCACGGGUGCUUCGAAUCCGAUUUUGGGAUCGAACAACUCGCCUACUGGGUCACCUGCGAUCCCAUCGGCGACCGCCCCCGCUAACGGCAACGGUAACCCGUUCUCGCCGUAUUCGGCGACGCCUUUCAGCCAGGAUGCGCUUAGCGCCAUGAUGGGAAUGGGCAUGUUCGGUGGGAUGGGGAUGAUGAGCCCGAUGAGCCCCGGAGGACUGGGUGUUCUCGGUGGGCUUCCUGGCAUGAACAUGGCUGGUGGCAACCGAACGGUCUAUCUUGGUAACAUCCAUCCGGAGACGACCACGGACGAUUUGUGCAAUGCCAUUCGGGGCGGUGUGCUCCAGAGCGUUCGGUACAUGCAAGACAAACACAUUGCGUUCAUCACAUUCAUCGAUCCGGCGGCGGCGUUCACUUUCUUCCAAGUGUCUUCUUACCAAGGCCUGACGCUCAACAACCGCCGUCUCAAGAUUGGCUGGGGAAAGAACCCGGGACCUCUUCCUCCGACGCUUGCUCUUGCGGUCCACGCUGGUGCGACCCGAAACGUCUACAUUGGAAACGUGGAGGACUUCGAGGUGUUCAAUGAAGAGCGGCUGAAGACGGACUUUGGCGAGUAUGGUGACAUCGAGUUGGUCAACUUUUUGAAGGAGAAGAAUUGUGCGUUCGUGAACUUCACGAACAUUUCGAACGCAAUCAAGGCUAUCGAGGCGAUCAAGAACCGGCCCGAGUACGCGAACCUGCGCAUUGCCCAUGGAAAGGACCGGUGUGCGAACCCACCCCGGUCUGGGCCGCAGGGCGGAGGUCGUCGGCAGGCCAGUGGUGCGGGUGGACCGAUGACGGCGGAGCCUGCUAGCGCUGUCGAGCAUGACGGGGAACUGGACUUUGAUGUGGAGGCUGCCCAGGCCGAGGCCGAGGCUGCAGAGGGUGGCGUCGUGGUCAAGACUGAGCCUGAGGCGAACGCUUAGGGUGAUGUCGUUGAGCUGAUGAUACCCAUGGACUCGUCUCACCUCACCUUACUCACCUCAAAACCCGGCAUGCGGCAGAUGGGACAAAACGGAUUCGGGCUUGCCUCUUGUGACUUUUCACGCUUUUUGUGCAAGCCUGGCGCACGCUUUCGUCUUCGGCAUCCUUUCUUCCCAACUCUCCAUCCUUCUCUGCUGCAUGUCUGGGCCUUCUCGUUCUUCACUUUUGUACCUUCAAUAUCUUCUUUUUCUUUUCCUUCCUUCUCAAAGUGACCACCGCCUCACUGAAUUAUGCCUCUCGUAAUGCCACCGUCGAGCUACUACCAUCGUGUUGUCAUCUCUCCAUCUCGGCUCCUCAAUCUCACUCUGUGCUAUCAAGUAUAAAUUGUGCGGCUUGUAUUUUGACAGUAAAUAUGAAAUAAUAAAUACAUCCUGCAUACAUCCUGGUAGAGGGUGCGCAGAGCCACUGGAAGACCAAUGAGGCGACUUGACACGCGUUGAUCACGUGCAAGUCUUCCGCUUUCCCUGAGAUCAUCUCGCUGAAUGUGCAACGUUACAGUCGCGAAGCUGCGUCUAGCUAUUGAAACUUUCGACAAGAAACACAAAACCAGUGAUGAAUCUCCGCGAAUGUCUGUUCGUUGCCUUUUGUCUGCGAUCUUGCCGAGGACGAAUGCGGAACUGCCUACUUUGUCCUCGAUCAAGGUCUUCAAGAACCAUUGAUUUCUGAAACAGUAUAUGCACAAUGUUGUAUUGCCGAUCAUUGGUCUCUCUAUUCGAGUAGGGACUCCUGGGUCGGGUCCAUGAGAGGCUUGCGACAGUCUCCCGAGGCCGCUUCCUCGCCUCUUGACGCGUGCCUGCUUGACAAUAACCCGGGAUGCGUGAUUUCCCAUGAAUAGUCGGAACCACUCUCUGCAAUCGUAUCUCUGCAGAUGGAUUGACUCGAUCCAGGAGGACGCUGAAACCGAUGUCGAUUUCUAACUGCGCCCAUUAUCAUGACAAAGGGUCGACAGGUUGUCCUGGAUAGGAACAGAAUCGGUGAGAAUCUCUCCUGGUGUGGUCCUGGUGCAUGUGUGGAUGUCGCCGCCAAGUAGGACGAGAGACCCAGCGAUGAUUUCGAUGCAUAAUGUCAGUCCGGUGUGGACCACGAGAGGACCUCGGACUGCAUUUGGUGCCGAACCUUCGCGUUUCGAUACACCCGACCAGCCCAGAUGCACUGCACAACGGCUGCGGGGCUCAUCAGCGCCGCUUUAAGUGCUGGGUCGAGACGAGCGUUGUAGAAGGCGACGAGUAACGUCGUGUUGGCGAGUAGCGACAUCCUUGACGGGUCAGCAUAUAUGCCCGAGGAAGAUCGAGGGGCCGCUCACAGGUAAUACCACCAUCCGUCGCGCAUAAUAUUGCGAGAGAACGUAUAGAGCGUCGGCCCCGUGCCCGACACGAUGAUGCGCACGCGCUCCCAGCCUCGCGGCGCGCUUGCAGUCUUCGUGUUCUCGGAAAGCCGGAAGGAGAUGGCGAUGAAUACGGCGGUGUCGUAAGCGAGCUGGAUCACCCAUGUCGAGCCGACGAAGGGGGCGAUCCGGGACACGACACACGCGGGAUCCCCGGAUGCCAGGGUGCUUGGGGCCCCGUGGAUCCCAAACGCGGCGGUGAUGGAUGCGGCCACGACAACGAGCAACGGCGCAAAGAAGAGAAAUGUGAUGAGGCGGCUCAGGGCGUAGACGGCGCGUACUCGGAGGAGGAAGUUGGUCGAUCGGGCCCAUGUCGCGAGGGCGUAGAUGAUUUGCAGAAUCAAAAGAGUGCGGGAACAGUCGCCAAACGAGCGAG